AUGCAGUUUUUGGUUGUUUUUGCCAAGCGAUUUGGACAUCCUCAAAUAUCAAAUGGGAAAUUAUCUCAAAAAUGGUGCGUGUUGGUGUGUUGCUGUGCCGCAGGAGGAAGCCUCCUCUGCUGCGAGUCGUGUCCGGCAGCGUUUCACCGCGAGUGUCUGAACAUCGAGAUGCCGAAAGGCAGCUGGUUCUGCAACGACUGCAAGGCCGGGAAGAAACCUCGCUACAAGGACAUCCUGUGGGUGAAGGUUGGCCGCUACAGGUGGUGGCCUGCGGAGGUUAGCCAUCCCAAAACCAUCCCAGACAACAUCCAGAGGAUGAGGCACGAUGUUGGCGAGUUCCCCGUUCACUUCUUCGGCUCCAACGACUACCUGUGGACCUACCAGGCCAGGGUCUUCCCUUACAUGGAUGUGGAUGCUAACAGCAAGGAAAAGAUGGGGAAAGGUGUGGAUGCGACCUACAGGAAAGCUUUGGAAGAGGCAGCUGUGCGAUUUCGUGAGCUGCAGGCGGAGAAGGAGCUACGGCAGCUUCAGGAGGACAAAAAGAACGACAGGAAGCCGCCACCGUACAAACACAUUAAGGUGAAUCGGCCAAUAGGAAAAGUCCAGAUCUUCACUGCGGACCUGUCAGAGAUCCCACGCUGCAACUGCAAGGCGACAGAUGAGAGUCCGUGUGGGAUGGACUCGGAGUGCAUCAACCGCAUGUUGUUGUACGAAUGUCACCCUCAGGUUUGCCCAGCGGGCGAGCGUUGCCUCAACCAGACCUUCACUAAGCGUCAGUACAGCCAGGUGGAGAUCUUCAGGACUCUCUCUCGAGGAUGGGGGCUCCGCUGUGUCCACGACAUCAAGAAGGGGCACUUUGUGACCGAGUACGUUGGGGAGGUGAUUGAUGAGGAGGAGUGCAGGUCGAGGAUCAAACACGCGCAAGAGCACGACAUCUGUAACUUCUACAUGUUGACUCUGAACAAGGAUCGAAUAAUUGACGCCGGGCCGAAGGGGAACGAGGCUCGCUUCAUGAACCACAGCUGUCAGCCAAACUGUGAGACGCAGAAGUGGACGGUGAGCGGAGACACCCGGGUGGGACUCUUCGCUCUCGUCGACAUCACUGCAGGCACAGAACUCACCUUCAACUACAACCUGGAGUGUUUGGGAAACGGGAAGACUGUGUGUAAAUGUGGCGCUCCGAACUGCAGCGGGUUCCUGGGCGUCAGGCCAAAGAACCAUCCUCCAUCUGAAGACAAAGGUCGUAAGCUGAAGAGGAGAGGCCACGGCAGGAGGAGGAAGAAGGUGGUGUUAACCAAAGAAAGGGAGGACGAGUGUUUCAGCUGUGGAGAUGGAGGACAGAUGGUCUCCUGUAAGAAACCCGGGUGCCCCAAAGUGUACCAUGCAGACUGCCUGAACCUCACCAAGAGGCCUGCAGGUCGUUGGGAAUGUCCGUGGCACCAGUGUGACGUAUGUGGUAAGGAGGCGGCGUCCUUCUGUGAAUUGUGUCCCAGCUCCUACUGCCGCCAGCACCGAGACGGCCUGCUCUUCAUCUCCAAACUGGACGGCAAGCUUUGCUGCAGCGAGCACGACCCCUGCGGGCCCGACCCGCUGGAGCCGGGGGAGAUCCGGGAGUAUGCGCCGGAACCCAGAGCCCUCCCCCAGGGGCUGGGGAUGGCCGUCAUCCCCUCCGCUGCCUCCAUCGCCACCAAGAGUUUCACCCGGACCAGCAUUAUCAAGAAGAUCGGCGGCGGCGACUCAUCAGAGUCUUUUCCUUCGUUUUCCAUCCCGGUACCCAUCGCCGCUCCUCCCGCCUCUCCUUCCCACAGCAGCUCCGGUACUCCCAGCAGCCCCCACGUCUUCGACCUCCCACACUACUCACCUGUCUCGUCGUACGAAGAGGAGAGAGACGUCUUAGAGGAGGACGAAGAGGAGCUGCUGGUGGACGAGGAGGAAGAGGAGGACGACGAUGAGUUAGUGGAGGACGGUGAAGUUAGGAGGCAGGGGUCAGACUCUCAGGAGGAAGACGAAGAGGAGGUGAGCCUGGAAUACCUGGAGCUCAAAGACGAGGAAGAGGAGGAGUGAUCUUUACGACACCUCCGAGUCACUACAGUCAAGUAGCACUUAUAAAUUAAUUAAUGUCAGUAAUCAUCUGGAUUUAUUCAACGGUUUGUAGGAGAAAAAUCAAAUCACCUAAACGUAAAUAAAUUGUGACGCUUAUAAAUAAAGACACUGACACAUAAAUAAUAUAAAUUUAUAUAAACAAGUUGAAAUAUAUCGAUCAUUUUCACCGUUUAUUUAUGUUCUCGUCAUUUUGUCCUAACGAUGACUCGUUUACCUCAUUUGUACACCUGAACGCAUCUGAUGAAUUUACCUGCUGCUUUUUUUAUUUUUUAUUUUGAUUAUUUGGUUUAAAACAUGGCAGAUCUGCUGAAACUUUGAAACAUGAUUUAGUCUAUUAAAAAAAAAAAGAAGAAGAAAGAAAGAAACGGGAGACGAGACGACCUCGUCUCAAUUUUUCCGUUACGUUUCACCUCCGCUUGGACUCUUCGAAGAAAAGAAACUUGAACUCGUCCGUCUGUUGGAGUUUCCUCUUGAACGUCUCGUUUCCUCCGGUCUUAAGCUCGUCCUCGUGGACUUGUUUGUGAAACCACUGGACAACCCUGCCGCCAAACCCGGGAGGCGUUACUUCCAUGAAAUCGAUCUGGUUUCAAAUCCACAGUCGGCGCUUUGGGAUUACCAGUAGAAAUAUGCCGGCUUGUGAUGGUCAGAACUGAGCUGGUUUUCAUCCGUCCAUCAUCUUUUUUCUGGUGCCCAUGUCCAGCAGUCACUGUGCGAGAGACGGGGGACACCCUGG